GUGCAGUGCAUGUAAAUGAACUUAGGCUAAAUAAAAUUGUUAUUUAAGAGAAAUGACGCCAAAUCGCUCGCGUCAGGUAGCACGCAAGAAUCCGCGGCCGCGCAAGCUGCAGGUGCUAAAGUCAAACCGAUCGAGGAGGAUUGCUAGUCGCAGCACGCCCACGCCACAAAAAGUUGACCUCAUGACGAUGGCAGAAGGCACCGACCCCAUGGGGCAUCAUCAUCACGCAGCCGGCUCGCAUAAUCCCCACCACUACCACAACCAUCAUCCGCACCACCAUCCGGCGCAGUAUCACCACCACCACCAGCCGCCGUCGCAGCACUACGCGCCAGCGGCCCAGCAAGCGCCAGCCGCCUCGCACUAUGCGCCCUACGCCCAAUUGCAGUAUCCACAUGGCCUGCCCCACCAGCACCUGCCGCUGGCGCUGAGCUUGCACCAACAGGCAGCAGCAGCGGCGGCCUCAGCGGCCGUAGCCGCGGCAGUGGCCAGCGUGGAGCAGCACAACAACAAUCAGCCGUUUGUGAAUAACAACAAUAUAGUGCCCUGGAAGCAGCGCAAGCGCAAGCGUCUCUCCCAAGUGCUGGACAAGCUGCACCACAACAACAACAACAACAAUAAUAAUAACAACAACAACAGCAAUAAUGUGAAUAAUAACAACCAUGGGGUGGCCUGCAAGUCGGAGCCUAUGGAGCUGGAAGAAGAACUGGAGGAUGAAGACGAUGAUGAUGAGGCAGAGGCGGAUGAGAAACAAAAGCAACAAUUGGAGGCUACCAACUAUAUAAAGUGUGAGCAGCGUGAGGCGCUCAACGCAGACAGUGAUGAGGAGCAGCAGGCAGAGGCUGAGCUGUCCGCCGAGGAGCUUUCGCACUCCGAUGAUCAGGACGAGCAGCACAGUCCGCGCAUUAGCAUGAGUCCGCUACAGAUGGCAGCGACGCCAACUGCGCAGCAAGCGUCAGAUGCCGCCGCCGUAGCUGCUGCUGCUGCCGCCGCCGCCAAGGAGAAUCCGCUGCAUGUGGACAUUAAGACUGAGCAUAUGGCCAGCCCAUAUGAUCGCUACUUUCCCAUUCCCUCGCCGCUAUUUGGCUACUAUCUGCAUACCAAGUACUUGAACGAGGUGUUUCGCCGUCGCCAUGAUCUCUAUCCCUCGCCGCUGCAGCACACUCCCUCCUCCAUAGCCUCCGAGACGGAAACCUCGCCCACUGGCCAGGGCAAGAUCCACCACACUCACAGUCAAGCUCAGCAGCUGAGCAAUAGCCAGCAGCUCCCAGCAGUCCUCUUGAACACCUCGCCCCCGCCGUCGCUGCCCUCGCCGCCACGCAGCGAGUCUUCGGUAACCGCAGCGCAACCAACAACGCGCGUCAGUCCCAAGCCAGCCAAGAAGAAGUCUAGCGCCGGCGAGAAGCCUAUGCCGCCACCACAGGAGCGUCCCCUGGAUCUCUGCAUGCGCAGCGAUGAGCUUGGGAAGCCCAAAGCAGCCACGCCUCCGUACCAUGCCUCUGCCGCAGCCAUGAUGCCGCCACCCAACGCCUCCAUGAGCGCCGCCAGCAGCUUGGAGAGCAUGAAUGCUCUCUCGCCCGCUUCCAGCACACACUCGACCAGCAGCACGCACACCGCCAGCCUGGCGCCGCCUGGCUCCAUGUCGCCCUAUGCCAUGACAGCAGCAGCUGCGCAUGCAGCAGCGGCGGCUGCAGCGGCAGCCAUGAUCAAAAUGGAAAUGCCCAUGCAUCCGCUGCACUCGCAUGUGCCCACCACGACGGUGGGUGUGCCUGUGAUCAAGGGCGAUGUGGCCUCGCCCACUACGAAGGAGACUGUGGCCUGGCGCUAUAAUCUGGAUGUGUCGCCCGUGGUGGAGGAGAUGCCGCCCGGCUCGGAUGUGGCCUAUGUAUGCCCCACUUGCGGUCAGAUGUUCUCGCUGCACGAUCGCCUGGCCAAGCACAUGGCCUCACGCCACAAGUCGCGCAAUCCUGCCAACGAUAUAACCAAAGCCUAUUCCUGCGAUGUCUGCCAUCGCUCCUUUGCCCGCUCCGAUAUGCUCACCCGCCACAUGCGUCUCCAUACCGGGGUCAAGCCCUACACCUGCAAGGUGUGCGGCCAGGUCUUCUCGCGCUCCGACCAUCUCUCCACGCAUCAGCGCACCCACACUGGCGAGAAGCCCUACAAGUGUCCGCAGUGUCCGUACGCCGCCUGUCGUCGCGACAUGAUUACUCGCCACAUGCGCACCCACACGCGCUACGAAUCACGUGGUGGUGCUGGUGGUGUUGGUGGUGGUCCGCGUGGUGAGGAGCCCAAGUCGCCGCUGCCGCUGCUGGAUAUGAAGAUGAACAUGAAUCUGCCGCUGCUGCUGCAGCAGGAGGAGCUGCUGCAGAAGUCGCCGCUUGGCUUGGGUGGACCCAUGCCCAUUGUGGUGAAGACGGAAAGCGCCUAACGGUAUCUCUAUGCGGCUGCUGCCAGGCAGUUUAUGACAUUUUAAAUCCGCCUCGGCAGUCCCAGCCCUGCCCAGCUUAGUGCUAAAGCUUGCCACACACACAAACACGCACACACACACACACACACACACACAUAGUUAGAGUAAAGCAGUUGUAGUUUUAGCUAAGCGCAACACGGAAAAUCUCUCUGCGAAGACUGAGAACCUAAUUACUACCUACAAUUAAAGGCCUAGGUUAACAACAUUUAAACUUAAACAACUAUUUUACAUACCCUCACACACACACAGACGGACGGACGGACGGACAGAGUUGACUCAAACCACCAGACAACGUAUUAGCGUUUAAAACCCCUGUCCCCUCUACUUAGUUCUAACACUUGAGCUAGCCCCAAUAACUAACCGCCGGCUUAGAUGCGUAUACGUAUUGUAUACGUACAUUACGUAUACGCCACACAUAUAAAAGUAUUUUAUGUAACGUUCUGCGCCUUGCGCUUAAAUAUGUUUUAGACAACAAAAAGAUACAGAUACAGCUAGCAAUUCCAUGUUCCACAAUUUAGUUUGUCAGUACACGCGCAGAUACAAAACGUUUUAAUUUUGUAUGCCUGCUAGUUACUCACUUGCUUAGUUAGUCUAUCGAUUUAAUUAGGCUUAGUUUUGUGCAGCGCAGCUUAGCGAGCUUUUUGUGCUCACAGUGCUCUUUGAUCGCUGUGGCAUUUUUGUUUGAACAAAAAAUUGAAAUUAUUAUGCUAAACAAAAUAAAUAACUUCUAAUUUACUUUUAGUUUAGUGUAAAGCAAAGCGG